GUUGCCUUCCUCCGCACCCGUCCCUCCGCGCUGCCGCUGGAGUUAGCUAGGAACCGGAGUCAGGUCUCUGUCGUGACAGCCCGGUGGGCCGUUCUCCUAAACUUUUCCAAGUCUCGGUUGUGCCUGGAACACGGAGAGAGUGUUUUAUCUGUGUUUUAGAUGCAUGGGAGUGCCCUGGGGACAGCGAAGGGAGAAGACAGUGCCGGUGGUCCUGACUGUUCAGCAGGAUGAGUGAGGCAGAGGGCCAGUUCUACAGCGUUCAGGUGGGAGACUCCACCUUCACUGUACUCAAGCGCUACCAGCAGCUCCGUGCAAUCGGCUCUGGGGCUCAGGGCAUCGUCUGCUCUGCUCUAGAUACGGUCCUCGGUAUACCUGUAGCUGUGAAAAAGCUGUGUCGGCCCUUCCAGAAUCAGACCCAUGCUAAGCGUGCCUACAGGGAGUUGGUGCUGCUCAAAUGUGUCAACCACAAAAAUAUCAUCCGUCUGAUCAAUGUGUUCACGCCUCAGAAGUCCCUGGAGGAAUUCCAGGAUCUGUAUCUGGUGAUGGAGCUGAUGGAUGCCAGCCUGUGCCAGGUGAUCCACAUGGACCUGGACCACGAGAGGAUGUCCUAUCUGCUCUACCAGAUCCUCUGUGGCAUCAGACACUUACACUCUGCUGGCAUUAUCCAUAGGGACCUGAAGCCCAGUAAUAUUGUGGUGAAGUCAGAUUGCACCCUGAAGAUCUUGGACUUUGGCCUGGCACGGACGGCCUGCACUAACUUCAUGAUGACCCCCUACGUGGUGACCAGAUACUACCGUGCCCCAGAGGUCAUUCUGGGCAUGAAGUAUAAAGAGAAUGUGGACAUCUGGUCAGUGGGGUGUAUCAUGGGAGAGAUGGUAAAGGGCAGCGUCAUCUUCCAGGGCACCGACCACAUCGACCAGUGGAAUAAGGUCAUUGAGGUUCUGGGCACGCCCAGUCUGGAGUUUAUGAACCGACUGAUGGAGACUGUGAGGAACUAUGUGAUGAACAAGCCACAGUAUCCUGGCGUCAGCUUUGCUGAGCUUUUCCCCGACUGGGCCUUUCCUUCUGACUCAGAGCACGACAAACUGAAGACAGGUCAGGCACGGGACUUGCUGUCCAAAAUGCUGGUCAUUGAUCCUGAGAGCCGCAUCUCCGUAGAAGAGGCCCUCAACCACCCCUACAUUCAUGUGUGGUACGACCCUGCAGAAGCCGACGCGCCUCCUCCCCAGAUUUCAGAUAAGCAGCUGGAAGAGAGGGAGCACACCAUCGAGCAGUGGAAAGAACUCAUUUAUGAAGAGGUGAUUGACUGGGAGGAAAGGAACAAGAAUGGACUAAUGAAAGAAGAUUGCUCAGAUGUGGUGUCAGGUUCAGCCUCCCAGUCCUCCUCAGCCAACGACAUCUCAUCCAUGUCCACGGAGCACACUUUGGCCUCGGACACAGACAGCAGCAGCAUCGACACACUGACGGGACCGCUGGACGAGAGUCAGUGAACGCAGCCCAUGGCCACAUCUGUCCCCACCUCCCAUUUACAAUAUCCAAAUAUCAGUCAAUCACCACCAUCCUUUCUUCUGUUUACUCCCUGUCUUCCCAUUUUGGAUUU